AUGCACAUUAAGGACAUGCUGGCCGAGGCCGAGCGGUCAGGCCAGCCUACCUUCUCCUUCGAAUUCUUCCCUCCCAAGACCGCACAAGGAGUGCAGAACCUCUACGAUCGGAUGGACCGCAUGCACGGAUUGGGACCCAGCUUCAUUGAUAUAACCUGGGGUGCUGGUGGCCGUGUGGCACAAUUGACCUGCGAGAUGGUUAGCGUCGCUCAGUCGCACCAUGGCUUGGAGACAUGCAUGCAUUUAACAUGUACGGAUAUGGGGCAAGAUACGGUGGAUGCUGCUCUAAAGGACGCAUAUAAGGCAGGAUGCACAAACAUCCUUGCGCUGCGUGGGGAUCCGCCGAGAGAGAAGGAGAAGUGGGUGGCUACUGAAGGAGGCUUCCAUUAUGCCAAGGAUUUGGUGAAGCAUAUCCGAGAUACUUACGGCAAUCAUUUCGAUAUUGGUGUUGCGGGAUACCCAGAGGGUUGUGACGAUCAAGACGACCCAGAGCUUUUGCUGGAGCAUUUGAAGCAGAAGGUCGAUGCUGGAGCUACCUUCAUAGUGACCCAGAUGUUCUAUGAUGCGGAGAACUUCAUCGAUUGGGUUGGCAAGGUCAGAGCAAAGGGUAUUACAAUCCCGAUUGUUCCUGGUAUUAUGCCUAUCAACACCUAUGCCAGCUUCUUGCGCAGAUGCAACCAUAUGGGAUGCAGUAUUCCACCCGAGUGGAGUGCUGCAUUGGAGCAGGCGAAGAAUGAUGAUGCCGCUGUCCGUAACAUCGGCACUGGUCUCGUGGCUGAUAUGUGCCGCAAGCUUCUUGCAGCUGGCAUUCACCAUUUACAUUUUUACACCAUGAACUUGGCCCAAGCUACUCGCAUGGUCCUUGAGCAAUUGAACCUCACACCUUCCGAGCAACGCCCAUUGAAGCAAGCUCUACCUUGGAGACAAUCGCUCGGUCUUGGCCGUAGAGAAGAAGACGUCCGUCCUAUUUUCUGGAAAAACAGAAACAAGUCCUACGUCACUCGAACCCAAGAUUGGGACGAAUUCCCUAACGGCAGAUGGGGUGAUUCGAGAUCACCAGCAUUCGGAGAGCUGGAUGCUUAUGGUAUCGGUCUGAAGGGCACUAAUGAGCAGAACCGCAAGCUGUGGGGUGAACCAAAGUCUAUCAAGGACGUUGCCGACAUUUUCGUGAAAUAUCUUGAGGGGACUGUUGAGAGUCUUCCGUGGAGUGAAGCGCCUAUUAGCAGCGAGGCCGAUUCUAUUAAGUCAGAUCUGAUCGAGCUCAACAAGCGAGGCCUGCUCACGAUCAAUUCCCAGCCAGCUGUGGACGGAGUUAAGUCUUCGCAUCCUGUCUAUGGCUGGGGUCCUAAGAACGGAUAUGUCUACCAGAAGGCCUACCUGGAACUUCUUGUCUCUCCAACUCUGAUGACCCAGCUCAUCGCUCGCAUCGAACUCGAUCCUGACUUGACCUACUACGCUGUGAACAGAGCUGGCGAGCUGAAGACCAAUGCUCCAAGCGAUGGACCAAAUGCUGUUACAUGGGGUGUCUUCCCUGGAAAGGAAAUCGUGCAACCUACCAUCGUCGAGACGAUCAGUUUCCUAGCUUGGAAGGACGAAGCAUUCCGCUUGGGAACAGAUUGGGCUCAUUGUCACUCUGCGCUCAGCCCCAGUCGAUCACUCAUUGAGGAUAUGAUGGAUUCGUGGUACCUCGUGAACAUCGUCCACAACGAUUUCCACCAAACUCAUGGUCUCUUCCCGUUGUUCGACGGCCUCGAAGUUAUGGAUAUCGAUGUACCAUUCUCGGCGCCUACUAAUGGCGCCGAAACCAAUGGCGUGAAUGGCACGAAUGGCACAACUCCAGCACCACCAUCGGGCGUUGAAAACGUGCCUCUCACGAACGGCACAGCUGCAUCUGCAGCUCACUAA